GCGGUGGUCAUCAGCUGUUUGUGAAGCUGUAACUCCCGGCAUGCAAUGCCAGAAGGUGGCAUGCCGGGAAGUGUAGUUUUGCAGCCCGCUGCCCUCCCCCAGUAGUGUGCUGUGUCCCUGAGCACACAGGUCAGUGCCCAGUCAGCGGGGGGCACACUGGCAGCUGUGGGAGGAGCCAACUGAGAAGCGCUCAAAUUUUUCCUUGUUUUUACCAUUCAAGGCAAGAUGGCGUCGAUACAAGCCGCUAAGCGGGCGCUCAGGGCUCAGUUGAAGGAAAGGCUAGCAGUCCUAAGCGACAUAGAGAAGCUUCAGCAGUCCCAGGCAGUGACUCGGAAGUUGCUCUCUCACCACCGUUACCAGACAGCUCAGCGCAUUGCUGUUUUUCUGAGUAUGUCCGAUGAGGUUCAGACUGGAGACAUCAUACGUGAUAUAUUCCACCAAGGCAAAUUGUGUUUCAUUCCACGUUACCAGCCUCGCAGUACACGUAUGGAUAUGAUGAGGCUCAGUUCACUGGAGGAAAUCAGCCUAUUACCGGUAACUGCAUGGAAUAUACGCCAGCCUGAAGAGGACGACGACAGAGAGGAGGCAUUGGCCACCGGAGGAUUGGAUCUUGUGCUUGUACCAGGACUUGGAUUUGACAAGGAUGGCCACCGCUUGGGGAGGGGUAAAGGAUAUUAUGACACUUUCUUAGAGCGCUGCAGACAUCAUCUUUCUGACAAACCAUAUACCAUCGCUUUGGCUUUUCAAGAGCAGAUUUGCGACUCCAUCCCUGUAACGGAAAAUGACUUUGAGAUAGAUGAAAUCAUCUGUGCUGGAAAACUGGAGAUGCUUCAAAAAUGAAUUAAAACGUCCUGAGCCGCACAUUGGUAAUUUUCGAGUCUGGACAGUAUCUUACUAUUUAAUCCUUCCUUCCUCUUCAUGUAAACGCUCUUAAUUUUUUAAUUUUUUUGCUAUCAAAAUAAAUCUCUGGUUCAUACUGUCAGAAAUCUUAUUUUCAUCUCAUCUUUUCUAAUUAUGAUUGCAAGAAAAAGUUCGUUUUUUUCAUGAAUGACUCAUAAAUGUGACGUACUCAGACCCCAGCGUGGCUUGGCUAGCCCUGGAGCUGCUUAAUAUAGAUUAUUUAAAAAAAAGGCUGGGUCGAUUCAAAAAAGGCACCCAGUGUUUUGCUCAGGUUUUGCCACCAGUUUAUGCUGCCGUCGGACAGUUUCCCUUUUAGGGGUUGUCCCACAAAAAAUAUAGUACAUUUUCAAGCCAGCACCUGGAUCUGAAUACUUUUGUAAUUGCAUGUAAUUAAAAUGUAGUACAGCCACUUAUUCAAUAAAAUGUAUUUGUAUA